AUGAUUGGAAAGGAUAAGGAGAAGAAACAACCAAAUAGGCAAAAUAGAGUUUGGACAAAGGUAAAGGAUGAAAAAUUGGUUUGGGGCUUAAUGAUGUUGGCUCAAACUAGAAUGUGGAGAGCAGAUAAUGGGACAUUCAAGGCAGGGUAUUUGGUACAAUUAGAAAAGUACAUGGAAGAAAAUCCCCCUAGAUGUAGAUUAAAGGCAACACCUCAUAUAGAAUCUCGGGUGAAGCAUAUGAAGAGACAAUAUGGGGCCAUAUGUGAGAUGUUAGGCCCUAAUUGUUCAGGAUUUGGGUGGGAUGACAUCAAGAAAUGCAUUACAUGUGAAGGAGUCUUCAAUGGGUGGGUUAAGAGCCGUCCAUAUACCAAAGGAUUAAGGAACAAUCAUUUUCCAUUUCUCGAUGAACUUUCUAUCAUCUUUGGAAGAGACAAAGCCAUUUGGGAACAUGCAGAAACCUCUUCUGAUGCUGUAGAAGCUGUUGAUAGGGAAGAACAAUCAAAUUACCAACCCAUGGAAGAUGAACCAAUUAAUGAAGGAGAAGCUCAACACGAUGGGUUAGAGUUUUUUCAAGAGGAUAACAUGACUUCAUAA